AUGGGUUUCUAUUACGAUUUGUGUCUAUUAACAUUUCUUUUUUCCACUGUUCAUUCCACAAUUUUGCCAGCUUUGACUAAGGAUUGGCUAAUCGAAUUUCAUCAACAUGUUGAACCAGAGGCAGCCAAGCGGAUUGCGAAGCGGUACGCAAUGGUUUCUCGUGGACCGGUUUUGAAUGACAAACGUUUAUAUCAUUUUGUCGAUCUCAAGCCAUCACAUCCUCAAACACGAAAAAGACGAGAUAUCGCACAAGAACAAUUUAUCCAACGACACGAACUUGUUAAACGAGCCAUUCAUCAAAUUCCUCAUACGCGUGUCAAACGUGGUUAUCGUUCGCCUGAUGAACUGAAAAAAGACAUUCCUGAGUAUCAAACUCCGACGGAUCCCUAUUUUCAAUACCAAUGGUAUUUAAAAAAUGUGGGCCAAGCCGGCGGUAAGCCACGACUUGAUCUCAAUGUCGAAGAAGCUUGGGCGCUUGGAUAUACGGGUAAAAACGUAACAACAGCUAUUAUGGACGACGGUGUCGAUUACACACAUCCGGAUCUUAUGCAUAAUUACAAUGCAGCGGCUAGUUAUGAUUUCAGUAGCAAUGAUCGUUAUCCAUAUCCACGCUAUACAGACGAUUGGUUUAAUAGCCAUGGAACACGCUGUGCUGGUGAGAUUGCUGCUGCUCGAGAUAAUAACAUCUGCGGCGUAGGUGUUGCCUAUGAUUCCAUGGUGGCUGGUAUCCGGAUGUUAGAUCAACCGUAUAUGACUGAUUUAAUCGAAGCAAAUUCGAUGUCACAUGAGCCUGACAUGAUUGAUAUCUAUUCAGCAUCGUGGGGACCAGUUGAUGACGGCAAAACAGUUGAUGGGCCGCGACAUGCAACAAUGAGAGCUAUUGUUAAAGGCAUCAAUGAAGGUCGACAUGGCCUUGGUUCAAUCUAUGUAUGGGCUAGUGGUGAUGGUGGUGCCAAUGACGAUUGCAAUUGUGAUGGUUAUGCUGCGUCGAUGUGGACUAUUUCAAUCAAUUCAGCAAUAAACGAUGGUCGAACAGCACUUUACGAUGAAUCGUGUUCAUCAACUUUAGCAUCAACGUUCAGCAAUGGUCGAAGUGAAGAUCCUCAAGCAGCAACAACAGAUCUGUACGGUCAAUGCACUUUGAAACAUUCAGGGACAUCCGCAGCAGCACCAGAAGCAGCCGGUGUGUUUGCACUUGUACUUGAAGCAAAUCGUCAACUGACAUGGAGAGAUAUGCAACACCUAACUGUUCUAACAGCAAAACGUAAUCAACUAUUCGAUCCUUCGAAGCAACAUUUAUGGCACGUCAAUGGAGCUGGAUUAGAAUUCAAUCAUUUAUUUGGUUUCGGUGUACUUGAUGCCGGUGAUAUGGUUCGACAUGCUAAAGAUUGGAAACCAUUGCCAACUCGAUAUCAUUGUUCAGCUGGUAACGUAACUGGAAAGCGACCAAUACCUGAAAAGGGUACAUUGAAAUUAACAAUCAAUACAGAUGCUUGUAAAAAUACGAAAGACGAAGUAAACUACCUUGAACAUGUCCAAGCGUUUGUUACAUUAAAAGGUAGUCGUCGUGGUAACACGGUUAUAUUCAUUACAUCACCGCUCGGUACAAGAUCAUUAAUCUUGAGUCGUCGUCCAUUGGAUGCUGACUCGACUAAAGGUUUCUUCAAAUGGCCAUUUAUGACCACUCACGCAUGGGCAGAAAAAGCUCAAGGUACAUGGACACUUGAAAUUCGUUUCGAUAACGAAGAUAACUCGAAUGCACCAUUGACCAAUCAACAAAAUCAAACGAUUUCUGACAAAGCACAGAGCGAGAAAUUAACUACCGGUGACUUCUUCGAAUGGUCGUUAGUAUUACAUGGAACAAAAACUGCCCCGUAUGCGGAUCAAACUCCAUUAGCCAUACAUGAAAACAAAAGUAAAUUAGCCAUAGCGAAAGAAAUUCAUGCAAAUAACUUUCAAGACAAGAGCAAAUAUAUCAAGUUAUUGAAACAAGAUAAUCAAAAACGUUUGGGAAGUGAUGAUGAAAUCAUAAUGUAA